AUGGAGGAAGCCAUUUCUGCAACAGACAGCUGGACUCUCUUCUGUAGAGAUAUGGAGUCCGUCAUAAAAUGGCAACCCCCUAUCACCCUCAGACAAGUGGACAGGUUGAAGUUUCCAACAGAAGCUGCAAGAAUCAAGCGAAUGCUUCAGUUGAAUGAGCUUGAUGAAUUCAGAUAUUCAGCCUAUGAGAAUGCCAAGCUCUAUAAGGAGAGAACCAAGCUACUGCAUGACAAGAAGAUUGCCAUCAGAUUCUUUGAGCCAGGACAAAGAGUGCUUCUGUAUAAUUCAAGGCUCAAAAUCUUUCCUGAGAAGCUGAAAUCCCGGUGGUCAGGACUAUUUGUGGUUACCAGAGCUUCACCAUAUGGUCAUGUGGAAAUACAGGAAGAGAAUUCUGACAGGAAAUUUACAGUAAAUGGCCAGAGGUUGAAGCACUAUCUUGGAGGCGAGAUUGAUCGCCAGAGGUCCACUCAUCUACUGAACUAG